AUGAACAAAAACGGAACCGCUAAAAUGAAUGAUAAUCAAAUUAGAGCAGAAGGUAGAAGGUUAUUUAAACGCUUCUAUAACAUUCCUGAUGGUGUUAAUCCUAAAACUCGUAGAAGCUAUUUAAAUGAAGCAAUAGAUGCAUAUGAAGGGUUUGACAUUUCAUCAGAAAGUGAGAGAUUAGCGAGAAUGUUAAAUGUUAAUAUUGAUUUCUAUUAUUGUGAUCCUCAACCGGAAGACGUGGACAUAAAUAAGGUAGACUUUCCAUUAGUGGAAUCAAUAAUGAUAGAUCCAGAAUUUGAAACAGUAAAUAUUUUAUUAACACAGAGUCCAUGUGGAAAACUUCACGCUGACAGAAUAACAGACGUAGAAGCACUCACCGGCUAUAAAGUUUGUCCAUAUUGUAAAGAAGAAGUUUAUUCUAUCCGUGAUGAUCCAGAAAGGAAAAACCAAAGAAGAUUUUUAAAGCAUUGUGAGAAAUGUAAAGAAAAUAAUGGAAGAUUAAUUCAAGACGUUCAGUUGCAAAAGACACAGCAACCAUAUGCACCACAUAUUACGAAACAGGAGUGUGGUAGAAUUUACGAAAAAGUGACACUUAACCUUAAAUUUCCAAACACUAUUUUUUGA